GUGGAAGAUAUCACAGCCGUACACGAAGCUGCAAUCUUACAGUUGGAAAAUAACCACAUAGUCGCCAUCACAGUACUGCAGGAUGAGAACGACUGCAAGAUUCAAGCACUGAAUACCGCUCACAAACUGGAAAAGGCACAAUUAGAAGAGAAUUUUGAAAAACUGCGGCUGUCACUCCAGGACCAGAUAGACACCCUCACCUUCCAGAACCAAUCCCUUAAGGCCAAAGCAGACCGAUUUGAAGAGGCUUUGAAGAAAACCACCGAGGAACAACUGAAGAUUGUAAGAGCUCCGUAUCUGCACUUAGAAAAAGAUCUGAAGAGCUUAAAACAUGUUCUGGAAAUGAAGAACCAUCAGAUUCACCAACAGGAGAAGAUGAUUAUGGAGUUAGAAAAACAGGCUGAAAAAAACUUAAAGCUGGAAGAAAGAAUCACCAUGCUGCAACAGCAGAACGAAGAGCUCAGAGCCAGGAUUGAGCAAAACACUGUCAUAACAAGGCAAUUGUCGGAGGAGAACGCUAAUCUUCAAGAAUACGUUGAGAAAGAAGUGGAGGAGAAGAAGAAGCUGAGCAGGACUAACGAAGAGCUCCUCUGGAAGCUGCAGGAGGGAGAUGCCGUGAGCCCCGUGAAACUCCCACCCACAUCGUCCACUUCUUUUUAUCGCUGCUCGUCAGGGAACUCCUCUCCAGCAAAAGUCACAACCUUGCGGCGAUGA